GUUACAUAUUUUCAAUCGACUGUAAUGGCUGAAGAGAAUAUCCCUGUGUUGAUAGAAUCCAUAAAGUGUUAUUCAGUAAAAGACCACAUUGAUGACUGCUCCUACUACUACUCGCCUUCAAAGCAGUAUUGUUCACACAGCAAUGUUUUAUCUCUGUUUUGUUUACCGUGCAAUCUUGAUUUUGUACAUGGCUCUGUGACUGCUUUCAAUGGGACAAAUCUUACUAUCACAUGCGACGAUAGAUAUGAACCGGAACAAACGUAUAUACAAUGCUUUGAAAACGGAACUGUUUUCUACGAGGAUGUGUGCACAUCAAAAUAUAGUUACCCACUCAAUAUCACCGACAUUAGUGGUGCUCGAAGUCGCAUUGAUAUCAUGGUUAAGGGAGAAUGGGGAACUAUAUGCUACGAUGGCUUUGAUUCGAAUGAUGCGACCGUUAUUUGUAAAAUGUUUGGAUUGAACUACAGGUCGUUCGCACGUUAUUGGUAUGGAUCUGGGAUUAUCUUUAUAGACAAUUUGAAGUGUAAUGGCUCAGAGUCACACAUAAAUGAAUGCAACUACACCGUUUUCAACAGUUGUACGCGUAGAUAUGUUGCUGGCGUUUUCUGUACAGAUAAUCCUCUAAACAUUUCCGGAAUACGAUUGGUAAAUGGCAUUGGUUUAUCCGAUGGUCGAGUAGAAAUCUUAAUUAACGACACCUGGGGGACUAUUUGCUCCUCCUCUUUCGGAUCUUAUGAAGCAAACGCUAUUUGCAGCAUACUUGGAUACACGGGAUAUACAGCAUAUUAUACAAAUGCAAAUACAUACGGAGAAGGGACUGGUCCGAUUUUCGUAAAUGAACUAGAUUGCCCGUAUCAGGCCAUUGAUUUCAACAACUGCACAUACGUAGUUGAUAGUUUAUGUUCUCAUUAUAGUGAUGUUGCUGUUGUCUGUACUAAUACCCCUUUUAAUAUCACAGACAUACGUUUGGUAAAUGGCACUGGACCAUAUGAUGGUCGUGUUGAACUAUUGACUGAAGAUGUAUGGGGAGCAGUAUGCUCUAGAUAUAUCGGCCAAGAGGAAGCCAGUACAUUAUGCCAUAUGAUGAACCAAAGGUAAGAAA